AUGACAGUCACCGAGUCACUGAAGAGUGCUGUGGGUCUUGCGGACACCUCCGCAUCCCGCCAGGAAAUGUCGGAAGCCCGUCUUCCUAUGCAAUAUCGAGACUCGUGCGCAAACUUGCUGAUCCCGCUCAACCGGUGCCGGCAACAAGAAUACUACCUGCCCUGGAAGUGUGAGGACGAGAGACAUUCCUACGAGAAGUGCCAGUACGAGGAGUUCAAGAAGCGGGUGGCCAAGAUGGAUGAGCUGCGGGCGGCCAAGGACGGCGCCCGAAGCAACUGA